GGUAUGCAAGUGUGGAAUGCAAUCUGAGGAGGCUGACUGGUUCCCUUUCUGUAGCUGGAAGUCUUCCUCCCUCUGGAAGAACCCGAUCAUACGCAUCAUGAUUUCUCCUCCUGUUCAUAAGAAAAACUUUGAAAGGACUUGCCCCCCUAUGUGGUGUUCUGCUGUGUAGCCAUCCAUUUGAAGCAGUAAGAGAGUAGGCAGAGGGGCCUCCUCUUGGACAACCAAUGUUUAUCUCCAGUGAUGAUGUCAGAAAUUAAAGCCGCUAUUCCCUGCCUAGUCCAGUUAUUACAAACUUGUAUGAUGCAAAGACUGCAGUUCAGCAUCCGAAAAACAUUGCUUUUAAAACUGUCUAGAUGAUUGUCGUUGCUUUUGUCGUGUUCUACGUGAGCAGAAGCCUUCUCCAAGGUUUGCGGUGCCGGCUGACUCUUGGGCAGAACCUUCCCUGUUGGUUGCAGAUCCUGGGGGACAGCAUCAUGGGCAACUCCUGCGUUUGUCGGGAAGACAGCGGGGCAGAAGACAAUGCAGAUUCCAGGAGUCGUCAGGCGGAGAGCAGCAGAGCACCUGCACCUGAAACAAGGAGCCAUCCGAGGGACCCAGUACGGCCGCCCCGGCGGGGGCGGGGGCCACAUGAACCAAGGAGGAAGAAACAUAACGUGGAUGGGUUAGUGCUCGACACGCUAGCGGUGAUUCGGACACUUGUAGACAAUGAUCAAGAACCUCCUUAUUCAAUGAUGACUCUGCAUGAAAUGGCUGAAACAGAUGAAGGCUGGCUGGAAGUUGUCCAGUCCUUAAUUAGAGUUAUUCCAUUAGAAGAUCCUCUGGGACCAGCUGUGAUAACUUUACUAUUGGAUGAGUGUCCAUUGCCAACAAAAGAUGCACUGCAAAAGCUGACGGAAAUACUUAGUUUAAGUGGAGCCGUUGCUCGCCAGGAUGCCUGUCAUCCCGCCAAACACCGGAACACAACGGCAGUACUGGGCUGUUUAGCAGAAAAACUUGCAGGCCCUGCAAGUGUAAGUUUACUCAGCCAGGGGAUUUUGGAGUACUUACUGCAGAGCUUGGAGUUCCAGUCUCAUCCGACAGUAAUGCUUUUUGCACUAAUAGCCCUGGAAAAGUUUGCACAAACAAGUGAAAAUAAAAUGACUGUUUCUGAAACGUGCAUCAGUGACCAGCUUGUCUUGUUAGAGAAAUGGGCAGAUAAUCCAGACUACUUAAAACGCCAAGUUGGAUUCUGUGCCCAGUGGAGUUUAGACAAUCUCUUUCUGAAAGAAGGCAGACAGUUUACAUAUGAAAAGGUUGACUUGACCCACAUUAAGGCCAUGUUGAAUAGUAAUGAUGUCAGUGAAUACCUUAAGAUCUCCCCACAUGGGCUGGAGGCUCGGUGUGAUGCCUCAUCUUUUGAAAGUGUCCGAUGUACCUUCUGUGUAGAUUCUGGAGUCUGGUAUUAUGAAGUCACAGUCAUUACAUCUGGAGUGAUGCAGAUAGGAUGGGCUACCAAAGACAGCAAAUUUCUCAACCAUGAAGGUUACGGUAUCGGGGAUGACGAGUACUCCUGUGCAUAUGACGGCUGCCGGCAGCUGAUCUGGUAUAAUGCCAGAAGUAAACCACAUUCUCAUCCAUGUUGGAAGGAAGGUGACACCAUUGGAUUUUUACUCGACCUGCAAGACAAGAAAAUGAUUUUUUAUUUAAACGGGAACCAGCUUCCUGCUGAGAAGCAAGUCUUUUCUUCUGCUGUGAUAGCAAUCAGCAUCUCAGUAACGAGCAAGAGUCUUCUGCCAUGGUCUGGCUUCUUUGCUGCAGCUAGUUUCAUGUCUUACCAACAGUGCGAGUUCAACUUUGGAGCAAAACCUUUCAGAUAUCCACCAACAACUAAAUUUAGCACCUUUAAUGAUCAUGCCUUCCUAUCAGCAGAAGAGAAAAUAAUUUUGCCAAGGCACAGACGCUUGGCCUUGUUGAAACAAGUGAGCAUCCGAGAAAAUUGUUGCACUCUUUGCUGUGACGAAAUAGCAGACACAGAGCUGAGGCCGUGUGGACACAGUGACCUGUGCAUGGAGUGUGCCUUGCAACUAGAGACCUGCCCUUUGUGUCGGCAAGAAAUACAGACUCGGGUCCGACAGAUCGCUCACAUCUCAUGACACGUAGAGGACGGUGUCUCAUCGACGUGCCUCUCAUCCAUUCCAUCUGAUGCCAGAAGAGAGAAGGGCAACUCAAGCCCCCACCACCCAUGUGCUGAAAACCCAGCUGUGGGGCGGUUUUUAUAUUGAACGAUACAGGGAAGCCUGUGAAGUCACCCCGUUGCCUCAGAGCUGUGGAGUGUUUCUUUUCACAGUAAUGAAAGUUGGUGGUGAAACUUGAGUUACCUGUUGGUUUGUGUCCAGCUAAGGCUGCUACAGAGUCUCUUCCUUCAUCGCCUCCCCCUCAGUCCAUCUUUUCCUUUUUUUUCCCCCUCCUUUUUCUGCGCCUUCCACGUACCACAUAAGAUUUUGCACUGGAAACAUAGAAUUCAAAAUCUCAUAGACUGGAGGGCAUACCUGUCCCCUGACACCUUUAUUUUUAUCAGUUGUCAUGCAUCUGAAACAAAUAUCAAUAUUUCUUGAUCAAUGUAGCUUCCUGCUGGUCAGAAAUCUUCUGUAUUUUUUGGACUGCUGAUAUGAAAAUGUUCAAAGACUUGAAACCUACAUGAAGAAACUGAUUUGUACAGAAGGUGUGAAGAUUAUAGAGGAUUCCAAAUUUUUUGAUAUCUUGGAGAUUCCAAAGAAUGUUGAUGAUCUUUUCUUUUUUUUUAACUGCAGAGAAUUCAUGGUAUUUUCAUUCAUAGUGUUUCUAACUCCAAUUUCAGUACCAUUUCUGUGAGAAGUAAACUAAUUUUCAGGAUGAAUUCUUCAAACGGCAAUGCCAGACUGGAGAAAGUUUGACAUUCAUGGUAUUUUAAGGUACCAUUGGUCAUUGUGCUUUUUUUUUUAAAUUCAGCAUCUAUUGUUGCAAAUUCUGUACAUUUGGGAAAUAUUGAGCUGUAGAUCUCCAGAUUUGGAAAGAACGUGGAGCGAAUGUGUUAAUAUGGUUUUUGCAAGAAAUACAUGUUUGAAUAGCAAUUAA